AUGGGGAGUAUGAGUGACUCAGACCGGAAACGACGUCACUUUAGCUCCUUGUCCCCAACACCUGUAGCUGCUACUGCCAAGAAGCUACCCUUCUUACCCGUUUCUGAAGACAAAAAGCUUGAUAUUGUUGUACUUCAGUAUCAAAAUCAAAAGCUUAUACAAAAAUUAGAAACUCAGAAGUUAGAGUAUGCAGCUCUUGAGAAUAGGUUUACUCAACUGAAGGAGAGGCAAAAAUCAUUUGAUCCCACUUUAGCUGUGGUCAAGAAAUCUUGGGAGCAGCUGGUUAAUGAUUUGGAGUCAUGUUCUGAACAUAUGAGAGAGUCAAGUGGCAAAUCAAAUUUUAGAUUUGAAUCAAUUAUUGAAGAUGGUUGUCCAUCUACUGUUCAGGAUGUAUUUCUUAGCCGUCUAAUGCAAUCUGGUGCUACUGAAUGUGCAACCACAUAUAAAUUUGCAAACCAGACAGAAGAGAAUAGAAAAAUUAUUACUGAAAAAGCUAAAAGCAUUUUAAAAAAUAUGGCAACAGCUGUUAAUAAUCUUUGGGUUCUGAUGGAUGGAUUGCAUACUGCAUUACUGAAAAAGCUUCCUGUAGAUGUUUUGUGUAGGCAGAAAUUGUCCUCUGAUCUAGAUGUGAAAGUUAAAAACUUGAGAUUGGAAUUCAGUGAACUUCAUUUAAAGCACAAGUCUUUAUCAAGUGAGUUCCAAAUACAGAGAGAUCUUGAUGCCAAAAAUAAAGCUGACCUUGAAAGAUUAAAAGGGGAACUGGCUAGUGCUGUUGCAGAGUUAGAAGAAAGCAAUCACAAACUUGCAACGCUUAAGGCUGAGAGAGAUGCUGCAAAAGGGGCAAUUCUCCCAGUCUUAAAUGUUGGAAGUACACACAUUCCUAGUGAUAAGAUCAGAGACAAGCAGAAGGAUUUGCAAGAUAUGGAAUCUACUUUGAAGGAGCUAUUGGACCAGGGUUCUAAUCGAUUAAUGGAACUGAAAAGUCUUCAUGAGGAAAGGAUAAGAAUAUUACAGCAGUUGUGUGAUAUACAGAACACUUUGAAGAAUUUGAAGUGUAUUACUUCUUCCCAUGCUUUCCAAUUGGUUAAAGAUCAGAUAGAAAAAUCAAAAUCAGAUGUACUGGAGUAUAAGGCCUUGUAUGAGAAACUUCAGGUUGUUGAGAAGGAUACUCUUACAUGGAGGGAGCGGGAGUGGUACAUUAAAAAUGAUUUAGCAGAUAUUUUUCAAAGAUCUGUGGCAGUUUCAGAUUUUAGAGUGGCUGAUCUACGUUCUGAGAUACAGAAAAAGAUAGAGGAAAGAAAUAUGAUUGAAAACAAACUGAAAGAAGAAGCAAGAGAACCAGGUCCGGAUCCCCCUUCCCCUUAUUGUAUAAGGCAUGCUAUCUUAUCAUUGUGUGGUUUUAUAAUGUGUGAUACCUUUGCUUUGGCUUCAGGAAGAAAACAAAUUAUUGCUGAAUUUAAAUCUCUGGUUUCUUCAUUUCCUGAGGAAAUGGGGUCUAUGCAAAGCCAACUAAGAAAAUAUAAAGAAUCAGCUUCAGAUAUCCAUUCUCUUCGUGCAGAUGUGCAAUCUAUUUCUAGUAUUCUUGACAGGAAGGUAAAAGAAUGUGAUGCAUUUUCUGCUCAGUCUGCUGAUCAACUUGCUGAGAUAAAGAGGCUGCUUGGUGUGUUUCAAGGUUUGAAAGAAAGUGAAAUGGACCUGAAGUUGAUGUUGGAAAUGUUUAGACGUGAGUCCAUUGAUUCAAGGACUAGCUCAAGUGUUACAAGUGACCUCCCAUGUUUGGAUGUUGAUUAUGAUGUCAUCAAAGAAUAUCAAUACCAACAUACAAAGGAAUGGUCUCAAGCUCUAAGAGAUGAGGGUAGAGGGACAAAAUCAAAUGGAAGAGUUGCGCCAACUGAUCAAGAACCAACAACAAGGAUGAAGGGGGAGAUCGCCUCAACGAAAUCAUGGAGGAAGCUAAGAAUAGAGUCGCACACUCGAUAUUGCAGGGAAGUGGAGGUAGUCAUGUGUGAUGGCAUCAUACUAGUGGAGAAAAAUAAUGCAACGUGGAAAGGGAAGUUGUUGAAAAAUGAGUGGGGAGAGAGGAUGAACAAGUGGAAGGUGGGGCCCAGUAGUUGGGGAAGUUGUCCAGGAAGGAUUAAAACUUAUGUGACAAAGCCCAAAACCCAUAUGGAGUCCGAAAUUGAGAAUAAACCCAAUGUAGGGGAUGUGGAUAAAUGUUGGGGCCAUGGUCAUGUUUGUAAACUAAAGCAUUUUACACUAGAAUUAGUAGAAGAAGGGGAUAAGGGAAGUGGGGAGGAAAAAGUAGAAGAGGAAAUGAAGCAAGAGGUAGGAAAUGGGGAUCAAGUGGUGCAGAAAGGGCAUUGCCAUGCAUUGAAGUUGCAGGUCCAAGGAAUUGAGUUUGAACAACAUUUUUCUUUGGAUGACCUUAUGAGGUUAUAUGAUCCACUUGUGUCCCACAUUGGGCUCUUCAACUACGAUGGGGAUGUCAUGGAUGCACGGGAAGCAGAAUACAGAGCAUGGGCACGUGUUCAAAGUUUGAAAUCAUCACUUGAUGAGCACAACUUGGAAUUUCGAGUUAAGACAGCCAAUGAAGCAGAGGCCAGAUCACAACAAAAGCUGGCUGCUGGUGAAGCUGAGAUAGCGGACAUGCGACAGAAAUUAGAAGAUUCUAAAAGGCAAAUGUGUGAUCUGUCUGAUGUCUUGAAAUCCAAGAACAAACAAAAUGAGAACUACUUAUCUGAAAUAGAGAGUAUUGGACAAGCAUAUGAUGACAUGCAGACUCAAAACCAACAUCUGCUGCAGCAAAUUACUGAAAGAGAUGAUUACAACAUUAAGCUUGUUUUGGAGGGCGUAAGGGCGAGGCAGAAGCAGGAUUCUUUGCUUAUGGAUAAGCGGGUAAUUGAACAAGAGAUCCAGCAAACAAACACAUCCCUGAAUUUAUAUGAUAUGAAAUCUGCAAGAAUUGAAGACCAGUUGAAGUUUUGUUCGGAUCAGCUUCAAAGACUUGCAGAGGAUAAACUUCAAAGUUCUGUUGCUUCGGAAAAUACACAAAGAAGGCUGUCCGAUAUUGGAAGACAAACUCAACAGAUUAGGGAUACAGUGAUGGACAUGCAAUCAAAAAUUGGUAGUAAUCGAGUGACACGAAUGGAGUUACAAGUAGAACUUGAGAAAGAAAGGUUUACCAAGAAAAGAUUGGAGGAGGAUCUGGAGGUUGCUAGGAGACAGUUUUCACGCCUUAAAGAACAUAAUGAAGGUUCUUCAGUAACUGAAAAGCUUCAACAAGAACUUGAAGAGUACAGGGAUAUUAUCAAGUGCAGUAUCUGUCAUGACAGGGCAAAAGAGAUGUGGGUUUCACAAAACAAUGCAAGUGUAGAGAUGCAUUUUCUUCGCAAAUGUGCAAUCAUAGAUUUUCUUUUAUCCUUUUCAAUUGGUAGUACAACAGUUUGUCCUUGUAAACAUGCAAUCAUUUCAUAUCCCAUGUGUUGUUGUAUGGCUACGAGGCGUGUUGAUAUAUUCUCAUUUCUUCUUGGCAAAUGUGAAAUCUACCUUGAUUGA